AUGGCCUGCAACAACAUCUGCCGACCCUGCGGACCCACCCCGCUGGCCAACAGCUGCAACCAGCCCUGUGCCCUGCAAUGCCAAGAUUCCCGUGUCAUCAUCGACCCUGCCCCUGUGCUGGUCACCCUGCCAGGACCCAUCAUGACCUCCUUCCCCCAGAGCACCGCCGUCGGAUCCACCUCCUCCGCUGCCGUGGGUGCUGAGCUAAGUGCCCAGGGACAGCCCAUCUCUGGUGGAUUUGGUGGCUUUGGCCUUGGCUAUGGCCAUGGAUUUGGCUAUGGGCUGGGAGGCUUGGGCUGCUAUGGCAGAAGGGGUGGCUACAUCUGCUGA